GAUGAAAAUUAAUUUAUUAAGUUAUUUUCUUAUUUAUUUAAUUUCAACUUCAUUUCUUCUUAACAACCUAUAUGGAUUUGAAGAAGAAGAUUUAUGUACUGACAGAAGUUGUUUCCCCGCAACAGGGAAUUUAUUAAUAGGUCGAAAACAUCAACUUUCUGCCACAUCCACUUGUGGUCUUCAUAGACCUGGACGUUACUGUAUUGUCUCUCAUUUGGAAAACCCUGAAAAAUGUUUUAAAUGUGAUUCAAGGCAACCCUGGUCUUAUGAACAACCUGGAAAUGUAAGCCACCGAAUUGAGAAUGUAGUUAAAGAAAAUUAUGGGGACAGAACUCAAAACUGGUGGCAAUCAGAGAAUGGGGUUCAGAAUGUUUCCAUUCGUUUGGAUUUGGAGGCAGAAUUUCACUUUACUCAUUUAAUUAUGGUUUUUCGUUCAUUCCGCCCGGCAGCUAUGUUUAUUGAACGAUCCAAAGAUUUUGGAAAGACUUGUGUAAAAGAGGGCCCACCCCGUAAUCACAAAGAUGUGAUUUGCACCAAAAAAUACAGCGAUGUUGCUCCUUCUACUGGUGGGGAGUUAGUGUACAAAGUAGUUUCUCCACAUAUCCGAACAGAAGACCCCUAUGCGCCUGAUAUCGCAGAACUUCUUAAAAUUACAAAUUUAAGAAUUAAUUUUACAAGAUUGCAUUCUCUUGGAGAUAAUUUAUUGGAUUAUAGACCUGAAAUUGAUGAGAAAUAUUGGUAUGCCGUUUAUGAAAUAGUUGUAAGAGGAUCUUGCUCCUGUUAUGGACAUGCUCAACGUUGUGUUCCUGUUGGUGAUGAAACAAUAUUAACUGCGAAAUUACCAGACAUGGUGCAUGGAAAAUGUGAAUGUACUCAUAACACGAAAGGAAUGAAUUGUGAUGACUGCGAAGACUUUUACAACGAUUCCCCAUGGAGACCGGGCAUUGGAGAUCAAUCAAAUGAAUGUAAAAGAUGUGAAUGUAAUGAUCAUGCUACUCGUUGCCAUUUUGAUUGGGCUGUCUAUAAUGCUUCUGGAUUUUCUUCUGGAGGUGUUUGUGAUGAUUGUCAACAUAACACAAUGGGGAAAAAUUGCGAGCAAUGCAAACCUAAUUUUUAUCGAGAUCCUCAAAGAUCCAUUCGAGAUCCAUAUGUCUGCAGACCCUGCCAAUGUGAUCGCAGUGGUUCUAAAUACGAUGGAAUUUGUGAGACUGAAGAAGAUCCUGAGCGUGGAUUGGUUGCAGGGAAAUGUUAUUGCAAAAGCAAUGUUGAUGGACCAAAUUGUGAUCGAUGUAAAAAUGGAUUUUGGGAAAUGAGAAAAGAAGAUCCUGAUGGUUGUCGGCCCUGUUCUUGUAAUCUAAUCGGUACUUAUGGGAACGAAGGUUGUGACAAAGUGACGGGAAAGUGUACAUGUAAAGCUCUUGUAAUGGGAGAACAAUGUGACCAUUGUCUUCAAGAACAUUAUGGACUAAGUGUUGAUGAUCCUAAUGGAUGCAAGCCUUGUGAUUGCGAUCCUGGUGGGGCUUAUGACAAUCACUGCGAUAGUGCUGAGGGUAUGUGCCGUUGCAGGCCAAAUUAUAGUGGGAGACGCUGUAAUACAACAGAAAGUGGAUAUUUCUGUCCAUUUAUUGAUAAAUAUACUUUUGAAGCUGAAUUCAGCAUUUUACCAUCAAAUGCUGAGCAAGUUCCAAGAGAAUAUUCAGUAGAUCGUCCAUGGACUUGGACUGGGGAAGGAUUUGUUAGAGUUCAUGAGAAUACAAAUCUCAGCUUUUUUGUGGAAGGAUUGCAAAAGACUGGACAUUAUAAUUUUGUUAUACGUUAUGAAUUACUUGACCCUAAUGAUCCUAUUGGAUGGGAGGAUGUUAGUCUAACAAUUGUUCGUCCAGGGGAUCCCAGUCCAGAUGGAGUUUGUGCAAAUAUUAUUCCAUCAGAUGAUUUUCUAAUUGCUCGACUUCCCAGUAGAAGUAAAUUCACAGAAAUAAUGCCUGCGGUCUGUCUAGAAGCUGGUGUUCGCUAUGAAAUUCGUCUUAAUUUUGGUGAAAAACGAUCGGGAUAUCCUGAUAGACAGGCACAAGCUCUUAUUGACUCUCUUGUAAUUGCACCUCAAACUGAUACUUUAGAAUUAUUUAGAGGAUCAGAAAUGAAUGAAUAUAGGAAACAAAUUUAUGAUCGGUUUCAAUGCCGUGCUUUAUCCCUUUCUGGCACCCCAGCCUCUCAAAUGCCACUUCCCUGUCUUGACCUUGUUUGCCCAAUGAAUGGUCCAAUUGUUGGGGAAGCUGUUAGUUGUGAUUGUGACUUAACUGGAUCUACAUCUGGUAUUUGUAAUGCUAAAGGUGGUCAGUGUGAAUGUAAACCUAAUGUUGUUGGGAGACGUUGUGACCGUUGUGCUGCAGGUACUUAUGGAUUUGGUCCUUCAGGCUGUACUCCUUGUAAUUGUGACUCGGUCGGUGCACUUUCCAAUGCAUGCGACAAACAAUCUGGACAGUGUGUAUGCCGUGAGCGAGGCAUUACCGGACGUCAAUGUGACCAAUGCCAACCAGGAUUUUGGAAUUUCCCAGAAUGCCGAACAUGUCAGUGCAAUGGACAUGCUUCGAUUUGUGAGCAACGCACCGGUGCUUGCAUGGAUUGUCGUAACCUUACUGACGGAGCUCAUUGUGAGCGUUGUGUGGAUGGAUAUUAUGGAGAUCCUAGACUGGGUGUAGGCAUUCCUUGCAAGCCUUGCCCAUGUCCUGGAGGCCCCGGCUCUGGAUAUCAACAUGCUGAUACUUGUUAUAUUGCACCACAGAAUCAAUCAGUUGUCUGUAACUGCAAACAUGGCUAUAUUGGCCAAUAUUGCGACCAAUGUCAGGUCAACUUUUGGGGAAAUCCACGAGAAAUUGCAGGAUCUUGUGAAAAAUGUCAUUGCCACGAUAAUAUAGAUUUUAAUGUUCCAAAUAGCUGUGAUCAAAUGACUGGGGACUGUCUCAAAUGUCUUCACAAUACUGGAGGUGAUCAAUGCCAACACUGUCUUGAGGGAUUCUUUGGAGAUGCUCGGAGCCGUACUUGUGUCCGUUGUGUUUGCAAUCAUUUAGGGACUAAUUCAAGUGCCGGGUCAUGUGAUCGUGUUACUGGGCAAUGCCCUUGCUUCCCUAAUGUUGUUGGGCUUCAAUGUGAUCAAUGUGCACCUUUACAUUAUGAUUUGGCUAGUGGACGAGGUUGUUCCGCAUGUAAUUGUGACACUAAUGGUGUGAUCGUCGAUCCUAACACACAAGAACCCUUCCUGAAAUGUAACGAUAUCGAUGGCCAAUGCCAUUGUAAGCCUGGACGUGGUGGAAGAACUUGCUCUGAUUGUCAAGAUUUGUAUUGGGGCGAUCCUGUUCAUGGUGAAUGCCAGCGGUGUGAAUGCGAUCCCUACGGCUCUACAACACUUCAAUGCCAUAGACAAAAUGGAACUUGCAUCUGCAAGCCAGGGAGUGGUGGCCCAAAAUGUAAUGAAUGUGCUCGGGGUUAUACUGGUCAAUGGCCACAUUGUCAAGCUUGUGGUGAAUGCUUUGACAAUUGGGAUUCUAUUUUACAAGGAUUACGAGUUGAUUUGGAAAGACUUGUUGAGAGGGCUUUGAAUAUUGAAGAUACAGGCAUAUCUUCCGAAUAUGAUGAAAGUUUUAUCCAAAUGGAGAAACAAAUAGAAGAAGUAAAACGUCAACUGGAAGUUGUUAACAUAACAAAGGAAGAUUUGGACAAUCUCCGUCAACAAAUGCAAACCUUACAAAAACAAAUUGAUUCAACUAGGGAUUUAUUAAGUGAAAAAAAUCAAAGAGUAACUAAAGUUAGCACUGAAGUUAAUUUAAUGGAAGAAGAUAUUCGCGUAUUAAAUGAAAGUACUAGACAAAUAACUCAAUUGGCGGAUAAUUUAACUGCUAAAGCUGAAAUUAUUAGAAGGGGGGAUACAAAGGGAGCUUCAGAAAUACUUGAAGAAAGCAGUCGAAGUUCAGCUGAUGCAGAAAGGCGUAUUGGACAACAAUUAGAAAUUAUUAGCCAAUCAGAAACUGAUCGCCUAAAAGCUGAGCAAUUAUUGAAUGAACAUAAACGGGACUUUGAUAGACAAUAUGAUGAAAACAAAGCUAGAUUAUCUGAAAUUAGCCAGACGAUAACAACAAUCGGUUCUUCAUUAUCCUCACUCAAUUUGGAAGUUUGUGGUGCCGAAACAGCCCCUUGUGAUCCCAUUUGUGGUGGGCCUGGGCCAAAAUGUUCUCAAUGUGGAGGUGGUAGUUCUUGUCCGGGAUCUGUAUCUAAAGCUGCACAGGCUCAGGAAUUUGCGAACGAAGCAAAGGAAAAAGUUCAGGCAAAAAGGAAAGAUGCUGAGGAGAUAUUAAAAAAUAUACGAGAAAUUCUUCCCAAAACACAAGAAGCACGACAACUAACUGAGAAAGCUUUGGAUAAGGCAAAACAAGAGGCUGAACGUAUCAACACAACACGCAAUGAUUUAUUAAAACAAAUUAACGAAACAAAAGAAUUUUUGGAAGCAGAAAAGCACCGCCCAGAGGAUAUUCGUCAAAAAAUUAAUUUAAUUUUAAAUACUACAAUUCCCUUUAAUGAAGAACAAAUUAGGGAAUUGUCCGAAAAUAUUCGCCAAAAAGUAUCAGAAGCCAAAGAUACUGAUAAAAUUUUGAGUGAAACACGUGGAAACAAGACUACAGCUUUAAAUCUUCAAAAACGUGCAGAAAGUGCUAGUAUGAGGGCUGGAACUAUACAAAAUAUAACUAUGACUAUUAAAGAAGCAUUAGAAAAUGCAACAAUAGCUCAAUCAAGUGCUGAAUCUACACUUAAUGAAAUAAAUGAAGCUAUUGAAAAUGCAAAGUAAAAAUAAAAAAAAUAUUUUUAAAUUUAAAAUUAAAGAACAAAAAUGUCCAAAACUGAAGGUGAUUUUAAUAUAGUAGAAGGACGUGCAAAGGAAGCUUUAGAACGACUUCAAAAAUUACAAAAUGUUACGG